GUCUGAGAUGGCCAUGAACAACAUGAACUAUAGCUAUCCAUCUGCAUCGGGCUUUCCUGCAUCAAACUUUUCACCACCUUAUACUUCAACACCACCUUCUGCUCCAAGAACUCAUCGGCCUAGAUUCGCUUAUAGUGGUCCAACAUCUUACCCUCGCCCACGAUCUUCUGCCAGUAAACCAAAUCUAGAUUCAUUAGCUGAUAGUAUGAUAAACAACUAUGGAAAUUCUACAGAUCUCUUUGGAUGCUUCAUUUUCAUCAGAGAACAGCACUUCUUAUAAUAAUUCAUUUCGUUCUCAAAACUCAAGUGCAAAUUAUUAUUCUUGCAAUGAAUCAUUUUAUCGUUCGCCUGAAAGACCUCCUGCACAGCGUGCAAACAUAGACAAUGUUGGUUAUUUACAUGAUCCGACUCCACAAUUCACAUCAUCAAAUUAUAACAAUUCUUAUGAUGUCAAUAGUGGAACAAAUACAGGACGCUUCCAAAAAAAUCAGGAAUUUACUCAAAAUUUUGUUCCGAAUCCUCCUGCUGUUGGAAAUAAGAAAAUAUUUAUUCAGCGAAAAUUUUUCAAGGCAAAAAGAAAAAUGACAGAAAAGGGCACGUGGAAAUGUGAAUUAUGCAGCUUAGAUUUCACUUCUCAUAUACCUUUGGAAAUGCAUCUUCGAGGAGCAAAGCAUGCAAAAAAAUUGAAAGCACAAAAUGCUUUGCAAGCUAUUAAAACCCAAGUUUCAGAAGGUCAAGACAUAAAUACACAAGGGAAAUCAUUUCGUUGUGAAUUAUGCAAUGUUAAUGCAAAUAGUUCUUUGCAAUUGCAGACUCAUUUGGAAGGAACUAAACAUAAGUCCAAAGUGCAACAAUUACAGCAGCCAAAAGAAGUUAAAACAGCAGGAUCAGAGGAAUCCAAACCUGAAGGAGAAGCAGCUGCACCGCUUCCAACAACUACACAAGUGAAUGGCAAGACUAAUGAAGCUUAUAUUAGACCUUUGCCAUCUGAAUUUGGAGAGCCACAACCUGCAAAAAUGGCUAAAUAUUCCUGUGACUUGUGCAGUGUAAUUGUCAAUUCAGAAAUUCAACUUCAGCAGCAUUUAACAAGCAAAAAGCAUCAAGCAAAGGUAGAAGGAAAACCACUUACUAGAAAGAAGAACAAACGCAAGCAGGCUGAUGAUCCUGAUGCAGAAAGCAGCAAUUUGGGUGAGAAUAGUACCCCAUCUGUGGGUGAGAAUAGUGCCCCAUCUGUGGGUGAGAAUAGUGCCCCAUCUGUGGGUGAAAAUAGUGGCCCAUCAGAAAGUGCAACAAAUAAGGAAACCAGUGAAGCAACAAAAAUUGUUAUGGGAGUUAAAACAUUGGCUGCAUCAUUUGUUCAAGGCGAAACUCUGCAGUAAAAAUUCCACUUCAGAAUAAUCAAAGGUGGAAACAUUUUUCAUGUAAUUACUCUUAUCAUAUUCCCCAUUUGCACAUUCCUAACUCAAAAAAUUUGUUUUUCACCCUUCUUGUAUAUUAAUACAAUAAACCUUGCAUUGAAAUAAAUUUAAAGGAAAAAUAUUAGUGGGCAGUAUAAAAAAAGACAUCAUUUUUUUAUUAUUUAAUAUUUACCUAUUAAGAAUUUUUUUUAACAUUUUGAGUGAUGCGAUAUUUUAAACUUCCAGCUGUUGUUAGUAAUGUGCAAAAAUGGAAUGAUAUUUGAUUUCAUUUAUUAUACAUUGCCAUAGCUUGUUAUUUCAAAUGAAUUGGAAGUCAUUAAAUGUGGAUUUUUGAGAUUGUUGAGAAUUUUUAAAAGUGCUGGUAGGCAACCUCAUUGUUGCUUUGAGUGUAAAAUAGAAUUCGUUCAUAUUUAUUUGCAUCUUUACUUUAAAUCAUUGCUUAAAAUAAUAAGCAAUUUUUGUUUUGGAAAAAAUUCAUGCCUUUGUAAAUGAUAAAUUUUCUUACAAUGGAGAUUGUAUUGGUGUGUAAUUAUGGACAAAUUAUGUAUCUUGUAUUAUAAAAUGUAUCAUUAAGUAUUAGUAUAAAAAAAAAGAAAAAAAAAAAAAAGGCCUACAAAUUAGCUUUCACUCCAUCUUGCCCUUCUAGUGCAUUUUAUCACCCUUUGUCUGUGCGAGACUUCAUCUGUCCAGUCCGUAUCAUAUAGAAGUAGUAGGUAAAGAAUUAAGGGGUCAAAAAUACAAAGGAACAAUUAUAAGAGAUUUUUCUGUAAUGAAACUGCUAUAAAGUGAUUGAUUGCUCUCGAAAAAUUUUUUAAAUCCUCAUGUACAUGAAAUAGUUUACAAUUUCUUAUUACACAUCUGGAGUUUCUUUCAGCAUUGCUAUUAUGUAGCAAUCUCAUUUGUAACUAACUGGAAGUCAUUUAUGUUUGAUUUAGUAUUUGACACACCAUUUAUGAUGUUUCAUUUUUUUUAAAGAAUCGAUGUGCUAAUAUUUCAUUCUGUUACAUUUAUAGUAAUGUUUUGUUAAUAAAAAUUUUAGACAAUGCUCAUUUUAGUACAACAUGUUUUUAUCUUGGAACAGGAAACAAUAAAUCAUUCUUAAAAUUGGAA